UGCGGGGCUCCUCCAUAACGCAGCGUCCUCUGCCCUGGCCUGGGGUCGUGCUGGGACUUGCGGUUCUACUAUAGCUGGCUUGUUUAUGCCACAGUCAUUAGACACCCGUGUUAGCGUGUUGGGGGUUGUAGUCCCUCCUUACCUAGGAGAAGACUGGACGGCGGCUAGAAUGAGCGUCCUCCUGCUCGAGGCCUUUUAUGGAGGCUCACACAAGCAGCUGAUGGACCUGCUGAAAGUAGAAGUGGAAGGCUGCGUCCUCUACAGCCUCCCCGCCAAGAAGUGGCACUGGAGGGCCCGCACUGCCGCCCUCUACUUCAUGCAGGCCGUUCCACCCGACGACUCCUACAGGAUCCUGUUUACCAGCUCGGUCCUCAACCUGGCUGAACUCGUCGCUCUCCGAACCGACCUUGGGAAGCUGAGAAAGAUCUUGUAUUUCCAUGAAAACCAAUUGGUUUAUCCUGUACGAAAGAAUCAAGACAGAGAUUUCCAGUAUGGUUACAACCAAAUCCUUUCAUGCUUAGUCGCAGACGUUGUGGUGUUUAACUCCGCCUUCAACAUGGAGUCUUUCCUAACAUCUAUCGGCAAGUUCAUGAAGCUGAUUCCCGACCACCGGCCUAAGAAUCUAGAGCAGAUCAUCCGACCAAAAUGCCGGGUCAUUCAUUUCCCCAUCAGAUUUCCUGACGUCAGCCGGUUCCUGCCAGAACACAAGAAGGCUCCACAGAAGAUAUCCGUGGAGGCUUUGGGCCACCACACACAACUAAAUGUCCAGGCAGAAAAUGAGAAAGCAAGCGUCGCACCAGCUCUUUCUGGUCAAGUUAGACAACACCUGAACCAACCAUGGAUAGAAUCUGUUGAAAUUAGUUCUGAAGAUGAUCGCCAAGUCAUAUCACCACCAUCCUCCUCCAACUUCAGCACCGAGUCCCAGAGGCCUCUGCAUAUUGUCUGGCCUCACAGAUGGGAACAUGAUAAAGAUCCAGAGACCUUCUUCAAAAUUAUGAUGAAACUAAAAGACCAGGGGCUGCCGUUCCGCCUGUCGGUGCUCGGGGAGACGUUUACUGAUUUGCCAGGAGGAUUUACAGAGAACGCAGCACAGAGUCCUACAGAAGAAUGCUCCAGAAUUGUACUAAAGAUCUUCUCCGAGGCCAGAACAUCCUUGGGGUCGGCGGUUUUGCACUGGGGUUUCUUGCCCAGCAAAGACGAGUAUUUCCAAGUGCUCUGCGCGGCCGAUGUUGUCAUCUCCACGGCUAAACACGAAUUCUUUGGCGUGGCCAUGUUAGAAGCUGUGCACUGCGGCUGUUAUCCUCUGUGCCCCAAAGCGUUGGUGUACCCCGAGAUCUUCCCAGCGGAAUAUCUGUAUUCGACACCUGAACAGCUUUUGAAAAAAUUGCAGAAUUUCUGCAAAAGGCCCGCUAUUGUCAGGAGGCAUCGGUUUCAGAUUUUAUCAGAUCUGAUUGAUCUUUUCAAGCUCAUCACAGCAGUGGAAAAUGAUGGCGGCCAUAUAUAGAGUCUAAUAGCAACCAAUGAAUGUAAACUUCAUAGAGGAUGAUGGCGCUUGAGAAAGAGGGGGGUCCCUCGAAACGUUGCGUGGCGGAGUGCUACUGCUCCCUGUCUUGAAUGAACUUACCCAGAGAAAGAGAUACCGUCUGAGCGCACCUGUGAAUGCAUGACGAAGCUGGCACACUGAAACGAACCCGC